GCCACAGACUAGAGACAGCGAACGAACCACAACACAGACAGACAGUCAGUCAGUGUGCGAGCGAUCAGCUGUUCGAACCGUAGUGAAGAUGAGAGAGGUGGCCCUAUUUUCAUUAUUUUUACUCGCUUUAGCUUGCCCUGCGCUUUGUAUACUCAGUAGAUCGAAAUACGUACCCCCUGUUGUGCUAAUUCCAGGAGAUGGGGGAUCUCAAAUGGAAGCUAAGCUCAACAAAACAGAAACUGUUCACUACAUUUGUUCCAAACUUACAAGUGACUGGUUUGAUCUGUGGCUCAAUAUGGAACUACUUGUACCUUAUAUUAUUGACUGCUGGGUUGAUAACAUGAAGCUGGUUUAUGACAAUGUGACACGCACAACUAGUAAUGCUGAAGGUGUUGAAACAAGAAUUCCUGGAUUUGGAAAUUCUACCACAGUAGAAUGGCUGGAUCCCAGUCAACGACGUCCUACAGGGUAUUUAUUUCAAGAUAUAGUUAAUGCUCUUGUGGCUCUUGGAUAUGAGAGAGGAGUAACUGUCAGAGGAGCUCCAUUUGAUUUUCGUAAAGCACCAAAUGAGCACAGUGAAUACUUCCUAAAACUUCGUAGGCUAAUUGAGGAGACUUACCAAUAUUCUGGUCAUAGAAUUAUGCUCAUUCUUCAUAGUAUGGGUGCACCCAUGAUGCGGUAUUUUUUAAAACACCAGCCACAACACUGGAAGGACAAGCAUAUUGAAACUGUGGUGUCAUUAGCAGGGGCUUGGGGAGGCUCUGUGAAAGCUGUGAAGGUUUAUGCUGCAGGGGACAACUUAGGCAUUUAUGUCAUAGCUCAACAAAAAGUGAGAGAUGAACAAAGGUCAGCCCCAAGUUUGGCUUUCCUUUUACCAUCUUCAGAGCUCUGGGGCCCUGAUGAUGUCUUACUUCAAACUGAUACAAUGAAUGUCUCCACAUCCAACUUGAAGGAUAUGUUUGAUGCCCUGGAUUUACCGGAUGCUUAUGAAAUGUACCUUGACACAAAAGAUUUGGUUAAUAAUGCUCCUGCUCCCGGAGUAGAAGUGCAUUGUCUUCAUGGUGUAGGUGUGGAUACUGUUGAAAAAUUAAUCUACAGUAAGAAAGGAAGUUUUCCAGACAAUCCUGAGGUUGUAUUAGGUGAUGGAGAUGGUACAGUCAAUACUCGCAGUGCAGAAUUAUGCUUAAAGUGGAAAGAUGGACAGAAACAGAACAUUUACCACAAGGCUAUUAAAGGUAUUAAUCACAUGUCGAUACUUUCUGAUAAAGAGAUCAUCGACUACAUUGUAGAACUUGCGUCUAAUAUAACUGAUAAAAACAUAGCUAGAGAUGAAAGAAAACUGAAACGCUUGACCAGGCUACAGAAAAAGAAAGAAUGGGCCAAGAUCCUCAGAGACAAUAAAAAACCAACCAGUAUUGCACAGUCAGAAUACAAAGACUUCAGCUUUAACAGCGUAUAUAAUUUGCUGGAACUACAAAAGACGGGAGUUGAAGACAGAAGAAAAAAUGACGUAAGUACACUUUACGAUUAAUGGAACAGUUUGUAGAGAAAAUUGCUUAGGACAGAGAGUUUGUAGUGCUGAUUGUUAACAGUAUCGUUGUUAAAACAAUAGGAAAGCAGUGUCCUCUUCAUUGGAAGUAGUCUCUUCCUUAUAUUUUUAUUGAAUGAAGUUGAUAGAGGGAGAGUAUAGUCAGCUCAAUUUUUAUUUAAUGUUGUCCCUCUCAUGUACAUUUUGUAUGUCUUAUUUCCUUUAUACAAAAUUCCAAGCUUUUUUUUUUUUUGAGACAUGAUAUGUUAUCAAUACUGUUCAAUUAUAAUAUAAUGUUUUUGUUAAAAUUGUGCUAUAUUGUAAAUUUUAAGCCUCAACAUUGCUUUACCGAGAUUUUGCAUGGCCUUUCAUAAUGCAAGAAGUCCUUGUCCUUUUCUAGUUUUGUAUAUCACAGUAAAAGUGAGAAAUAUGAUUAUUUCAAGAAAUUUUAGAAAAACAUUUCUAUAUACACAUGGUAAUAGGCAUCUUCCAACCCAGUUGCAGCUUAAUUUGUCAAGUGGUGUCUGAUUAUAUCUUUAGCUGUUCUCAGGAGGGAGCACAUUAUCUGUUAUUUGGCAUACCUAUGUAAUUAGUGGAGAAUUUUUGUAAAUUUAUUUUGUUGUAUUUUUAUUGUACAGCUUUCAUUAACAAUUUCUCCACUGUAUUUCCAGCAUUAGACAAGUUACUUUUAAAAAAACAUAAAUGCAUUAAUAAUGUUAUAUUAGCAUUAAUACUCAUUGCUUGAACACAUAUUACUAGCAUGAAAGGGAUGCCCAUUGAGAUGUAGUCAUUGUAAUUAUUCCAUCCAAUGAAAAAAAUUUGGAAUGUUUUUGGUAAGCAGUGUAGAGAAGCCUUCCUGAAUUUUAAACAGCAACAAGGCUGUUUGUAUGCAAGAAAUUAUGUGGACAAAAUAUAGAAUUGUUAGUUUGAUUCAAAGUAAACCUGUUGCUUUAUGAUAGCCUAAAUCCAUGGUAGAGCAAUCUGCAGACACUUCUCCAAAGCAGAAGAGUAUAGUAGUUCCAGUUUCCACCUACCUGUAUACAUCUGGGUCCCUGCACGUCUUGUUUGUAACAUAUGCAGUUUCACACUCAAGAAUUUCAUUCAUAUUUCACUUCAUAUGACUUGACUCCACAAAUAUCAUUAUCACCUUAUUGCAUUGGUAUGAUUCAUUUAUUUCCCUAAGCCUAAUGUAAUUUUACCUUAAUUUUUGCCUUUUUAAAGUGUUUGUGAGUGAUAAGUGUGUAUUUCCUCGAAUCUAUUUUCAUGUGG